AUGGUGGGGCAUAUAUUGGGAGGGAUUGCCACCUCUCUCCUCUUUUUAGCCUUCGAAUCAUGGCUUGUUACUGAACACAACAAGAGAGGUUUUGAGCAACAAUGGCUAUCAAUUACAUUCUCCAAGUCAAUAUUUCUUGGGAAUGGACUGGUUGCCAUUUUAGCUGGUUUAUUUGGAAAUCUUUUAAUUGGUUCAUUGGCCAUGGGACCUGUUGCUCCAUUUGAUGCAGCUUCAAUCUUUCUUGCCAUUGGAAUGGCCAUCAUCAUAUCAUCAUGGACUGAAAAUUAUGGUGACUCAUCAGAAAGCAAAGAUCUAAUGACCCAAUUCAAGGGUGCUGCUAUUGCAAUUACAUCAGAUGAAAAGAUAGCAUUAUUGGGUGUAAUACAAUCUUUAUUCGAGGGUUCAAUGUACACUUUUGUGUUUCUACAGACACCUGCUUUAAGCCCAAAUGGUGAAGACAUUCCACAUGGUUUCAUUUUUGCUACUUUGUUGUUAUCUUCCAUGUUAGGAAGCUCUUUAGCUUCUCGGUUAUUAGCACACACACUGACAUACAUUGAUAUUGUGUUGUGA